AUGGGUGUGUGGCACUUCCUCAAGACCCGCUCCGGGUUCAAGGUCGACAACUCCAAGACCACCUCUGCCGCGAACCUCACCCUUCGCCAGAGUCUCUGGCCCUUGUGUCUGGUCACCAUUCUCUUCUUCUUAUGGGGAUUCGCCUAUGGUCUGUUGGACACCCUCAACAAGCACUUCCAGAACACCCUCCAUAUUGAUCGCACCCGUUCGUCGGGCCUCCAGGCGGCCUAUUUCGGUGCCUAUCCGCUGGCGUCCCUGGGAUACGCAAACUAUAUGCUUCGCCAUUUCGGCUACAAGAGCGUCUUCAUCUUCGGUCUGGUCCUGUACGGCAUCGGCGCCCUGUGCAUGUGGCCCGCCGGCCUGAACCGCUCGUUCGGGGGUUUCUGUGCCGCUACCUUUGUCAUUGGCUCGGGACUGGGCUCCCUCGAGACCGCCGCCAACCCAUAUCUUGCCGUCUGCGGGCCCCCCAAGUAUGCCGAAAUCCGUAUCAACCUGGCCCAGGCCUUCAACGGCAUCGGCACCUGCGUGGCCCCCGCGCUCGCCUCGUACGUCUUCUUCACCACGACCGAGGACGACGUGAACGCCCUCAAGCGCGUGCAAUGGGUCUACCUCGCCAUUGGCAUCUUUGUCUUCUGUCUCGCCUUUGUCUUCUUCCUCUCCACUAUUCCCGAGGUCACCGAUGAGGACAUGGCGUACCAGGUUGCCGAGACGCACGUUGACGAGCAGGAGAAGCCGUUCUGGAAGCAAUACAAGCUCUUCCAUGCCACCCUGGCGCAGUUCACCUACACUGGUGCUCAAGUGGCUAUCGCCGGCUACUUUAUCAACUACGCCGUCGAGACCUGGCCCGGCACCUCGAGUAGCACUGGAUCCAAGUACCUCGCCGGUGCGCAAGGCGCCUUCGCCGUGGGCCGCUUCAGCGGCGCCCUCCUCAUGAAAUGGAUCAAGCCGCGAUGGGUGUUCCUGGCCUAUCUGUCGUGCGUGGUGGCCUUCCUUGCGGCGUCCACCACCCAGAGAAACGAGAAGGGAAUCGCCAUGCUCUUCCUGACGCUCUUCUUCGAGUCUGUCUGCUUCCCCACGAUCGUCGCGCUGGGCAUCCGCGGCCUGGGCCGGCACUACAAGCGCGGCUCGGGCUUCAUCGUCGGCGGCGUGUGCGGUGGCGCCGCCAUCCCGGCCAUCACGGGCCAUGUGGCGGAUAUGCGGAACAACACCGGGUUUGCGAUGAUCGUGCCGACCAUGUUCAUGGUGCUGGCGUGGACGUAUGCGCUCGCGGUGAAUUUCGUGCCGGCCUACCGCGACACGGUUGACAAGGUCGGUUCCAGCGAUAUUGGGCUGAGGCCGGAGGAUGGACCCGAGAAGCCGGAUGUGGAGGGUGACGUGUUGGGUGAUAUUGAGAAACACGAUGUGAGGGUUUCAUAG